AUGAAAAACCUGUACCGCAAUCUUGCGAUUUCUGGCACUCUUUUUUUCUGCGCGGUACUUCUGUUUAGUUUCGAUGAUGCUACAAAAUGGAAAUCAAGAUUUAGUUUCUUCACUCGAUGUCAACAUCUUCUUGACGAACGAAGUCCUGAAACUGAAAUUUUGUUAAUCGACGUUGAUUUUCUGCAAAAAUUGACUGAAGCCAAUGGAACGACUUGCCUAUGGAAUGAGAGAAAACCAAUAAAAGUCGGAGUCGACAUGAAGCAUAAACUCAAUCCCCAUAAUCUCGAAGAUCUAGGGUUUGAAGUUUUCUAUUAUUAUAACAAUGCUAGUAAGGAUUUUUUGGAUUUUGAAAUGAAUGCAGGCAGAAGAUUGAUUCCAAGAAAAUUCAAAACUCGAUGGAUUGGAAAUAUUGAAAUUCCGGAGGAUACCCAGAGAUUCGCAGAGUUUUGGAAACGUUCCAGUUUUAGAGAUUGUGUUGGAUUGGAUAUGAAGAGAAGUGAAUCCGAUAGUGUCUUUUUGAAAGGACCUGAAACUGCAGACAUUUUGGCUCGGCUCCGUGAUGACUUGUUGGAUAACGGAAUGUUUCCUUUUCUGAAUGGUGGAACAUUUUUGGGAUGGUAUAGAGAAUGCACCAUUAUUCCACACACUUAUGAUGCUGAUUUCGCCGUUUUCAAAUACAAUUACAAACCAGAAUACCCUUAUAAACUUCUGAAUGGUUCUUCUGAAUUUAAGCUGGUUAGAAUGUUGGGAAAAUUAGAAGAUGGUCUAGAACUCACAGUUGUUCCAAAACUUAAAGCUAACCCUCGCAUUGAUAUAUUUGUGAUGUACGAUGGUAUUGAGAAUGGUGUGCUGACUCAUCAUUAUACUCCUGGACUUGGGGGUGAUGGCACAAAAUACAAAUUCACUUAUCCAAUAUAUGACCCCUGGUGUGCUGCUGAACUGCACAAUCACUUAUUCUGGGUGUCGUGCUCUCCGAAACCUCAAAUUAUCCACGAAUACGGUCCACAGUGGUAUUUGGACCACCCAACGUCACAAUUCGCAUGGAAUUCUUCUCCUAAAAAUAUCAGAGAAAAUGGAAAACUGACCAAAGAGGAGAUGAAGAAGUAUUAUCUUGAAUUUUAA